GCCAUAUCCUCCUCAACGUCGACGACCGCGCCCAUCGCUAUCGUCACCGGCGUCGUCGCUGCUCUUUCCCAUCCGAUCGGGCUUCCGCCCAACACCCUACCUUGUUGGGCACUCUCCACCACAUCCAGAAUCGCAUCUUUCCUUUUAGUCGCAAGCAACUUAUACCUCAUCAUCACGCCGAUCGCGGCCGCCCGAGUAACGACGUAACCUCAUCCGAGCUCAGACCCCGGCGAACGUCGAAGCCUCCGCUAGUGUCCCUGGGUUGUAGUGUGUGGCUUCGUAACCGCAAUGGACACCUUCGACAAUAUCACCCCGAUAGUGGGUUCCCGCCGACCCAUUGUGGUUCCCGCCUUCUCCGACGACUCCGCGUCAUCCUCGCAUCUCGCAUCCCCGCCGUCUGCCUUCAUAUCGACCCCACCGUCUGCUUCAUCGUCUCGCAGCCGUCGGAAACCCAAGUACGUGUUCAAGUCGCCCUCUGCGGAUGACCCUGGAGAGUGGGAAACCCAUACGACGAUGCGCAAACGCGCAACCCCUCCCUACGAACGCCGUCGGACGUCCACCUCCACUGACACUUCGCGCUCGUCUGCGCAGAAAUACAUUCUAUCUGUAAAGACCGCUGUGCAGCGCCAUGCACCUCUCCUGCCGCUGUACCAUCCUCUUGGUCCCCUUGCGCAGUCGUUACCGAAACUCGAUCCCGGGCAAUUCGGCCUACCUUCAUCUUUGAGUGUAGACGAUGGCGACGACCAAGCAGAGGGCGACUCAAAUGCAGGCACUUCUCGCUCCCGUCGUGCCGGACCAAAAGGUCGUGAAGACGACCCGCAGACAAACGGCACACCGAACGGCAUAGAGAAGGCCGCACAGGACGCGCCAGCCCGAGAUCGCAACGCCAGCCCGCGAAAGAGGCGCGGCGGAGGUGGCGGCGCCAAGCGAAAACGGAAGGACACAGAAGACGGCGACGGGGUGUUCCCGCCGCCCGCGAAGCGCACACGCAAUCCUCGUGGUGCUGCCGCUACCGCCCCCGCGGCGCCGUCGCCGCUCGUCGUGUCUGCGGUCGUGGCUUCAGACUUGGCCGACGAACCUGCCCCCGAGAAGAACGAGCCUGAGGAAGCCCAAGAAGAACCGACUGAGGCCCAGACGCCGAAACGUAGUGCUCGGACGAGGAAACCUCGCGCGACGCGGCCGGCGAAGCGCAGAGACUCGAGCGGUAGUGGGAGCACGUCUACUUCUGUGUCUGUCUCUAUCGCCGCGGCUACGAAGGCUGCCGCUUCAUCGAAAUGUAGCGUGCCGGCCGACGACGAACGCCGCGCCGAAGCUGAGCCUGUCCUUGCGGCCGAGCCAAACACAGAUGCGCAGAAGCCCUUGCCAAACGGGGCCGACAAGCACGAGGAAGAAGAGACGGAAGAACCCCUUCGGCAUCCUGCAACUGCGCCUGUGCCUGCCGAUAAGGACACGCCCUCCGCGGAGCAGCUGCCGGCUUCUACGGCUGACGCACUCCCCCCAGACCCUCUUCAGGAUACGGGCAAAGACGUUACCGUGAAUGGCAUUACGCCUACGCCUUCUGCUAGGACCCCGUCCCCCGCGCCGGUACCAGCCCCCCUUUCCCCACCUGCCCUACCGGCGCACAUAGAUCCGCCACCGCAAAAGGAGUCACCGCAAAGGGAGGAGCGCGAAGAAGGCGAGCUCACUGAUUGAUCUAUUAGGAGACCAUAUGGAUCGACUGUGCCUCAGCGUUCCAGGCGGUGUCGAUAUGACGCUCGGACGUAAUAUGUUGCAUAUAUCUCUGGGUAGGUUUACUUGGUUUGUCCCCUCGUAGCCGUUGUAUAUUUCCCGGGCCCUUCCACUUGGUUCCUUCUGCCGUAUCUCGUCUCCACGUCAUACCCGUAAAUUGUAUAGUAGUAGCUAGUCGUACGCUGUCGCGCUAUGCCUAUCGCCCGUCUGUACUGCAUAGCUGUAGCCUGGUACUUUCACGUUCUAUCUCACCCUGUACACCUACUCUCUCGCGCUACGUGGCGUACCACGCCUCGCUGAAAAUCUAGCCC